GGCGCGAGAUGUCACGACCAACACCGUGAACGAUGGCAUCCGCACAGCAGCAGACCCAGCAGAUCAACAUCGGCGACCUCGACCUGCAGCAGCUCGCGGAAGUGCGCAGGCAGCUAGACAGCGAACUGCAACAUCUCUCGAGCUCGUUCCAGCAGCUCAAGCAGGCGCAGGCAAAGUUCAAGUCGUGCAUCGAGAACGUUAACACCGUGAAGCCGCAGAACAAGGGCACAACACUGCUCGUCCCCCUGACGAACUCGCUGUACAUCCCCGGGCGCCUGAACGACGCGGAGAACGUGAUAGUUGAUGUCGGGACAGGGUACUACGUGAAGAAGACGCGUACACAAGCCGCCGAGUACUACAAGGCCAAGGUGGACUACAUCGCGAAGAACCUCGAUACGCUCGGAGACACGCUGCAGAAGAAGCAGGAUAACCUGAACACGAUCAUCAACGUGAUGCAGGCAAAGAUACAGGCGCAGUCGCAGCCGUCGAAGAGCUAGACGUUUCAGAUAGGGCGUUGGCAUUUGCGAUCUUGUGUUUGGGGAGGUGGAGGUUAAAAUGGCCAGCUACGUAUGCUUGCUACCGCACAUAGAACGUCGUGGCGCAUGCUACUUUUCUAUAAGUCAACGCGCUUUUCGGUACUUACUUGACUUGAAAUCAUUCGACUCACUCGGUAAUGAGGGUUAUCGGCUGUUCAUAUUAUCGUACGUGAAGUGCC